AAACCGCGCGGCGAGGUGGGGGAGGGCGGUCCGUGUGUGUCUGUGUUGUUGUUCCGCGGCGGCGGCGGCGGCGGCGGCAAGAUGGCUGCCCACGGGGGCUCCGCGGCGUCCUCGGCGCUGAAAGGGUUAAUUCAGCAGUUCACCGCCAUCACCGGGGCAAGUGAAAGUGUUGGGAAACAUAUGCUUGAAGCCUGCAACAAUAACCUGGAGAUGGCAGUCACUAUGUUUUUGGAUGGUGGAGGAAUCGCUGAAGAGCCUAGUACCAGUUCAGCAAGUGUCUCUACUGUCAGACCACACACAGAAGAAGAAGUUCGUGCCCCAAUUCCUCAAAAGCAAGAAAUAUUGGUGGAACCAGAACCUUUGUUUGGUGCUCCUAAAAGACGACGGCCUGCACGCUCAAUAUUUGAUGGUUUCCGGGACUUUCAAACUGAAACUAUUCGACAAGAACAGGAAUUAAGAAAUGGAGGAGCAAUAGAUAAGAAACUAACUACCCUUGCAGAUCUAUUCCGGCCACCCAUUGAUUUAAUGCAUAAAGGCAGCUUUGAAACAGCGAAAGAGUGUGGCCAGAUGCAGAAUAAGUGGCUGAUGAUAAACAUUCAAAAUGUACAAGACUUUGCAUGCCAGUGCCUCAACCGUGAUGUAUGGAGCAAUGAAGCUGUGAAGAAUAUAAUACGGGAACAUUUCAUUUUCUGGCAGGUGUACCAUGACAGUGAGGAAGGUCAGAGAUACAUACAGUUUUAUAAGCUAGGGGAUUUCCCCUAUGUUUCCAUCUUGGAUCCACGGACAGGUCAGAAGCUAGUAGAGUGGCACCAGUUAGACGUAUCUUCUUUCUUGGACCAAGUGACAGGAUUUCUGGGUGAACAUGGGCAACUGGAUGGACUUUCUAGCAGUCCCCCGAAAAAAUGUGCCCGUUCAGAGAGCCUUAUAGAUGCAAGCGAAGACAGCCAGCUAGAAGCUGCCAUCAGAGCCUCCUUGCAAGAGACACAUUUUGAUUCAACACAGACAAAACAGGAUAGCCGCUCAGAUGAAGAAUCUGAAUCUGAACUUUUUUCUGGCAGUGAAGAGUUCAUAUCUGUGUGUGGCUCUGAUGAAGAAGAGGAGAUGGAUCUUGCCAAGUCCAGAAAGUCUCCCCACAAAGAUUUGGGGCAUAGGAAAGAGGAGAAUAGAAGGGCACUGAGUGAGCCUCCAGCCAGAACUGAGCCUGGAACAGCCACAAAUCACCAAGGAUUGCCAGCCGUGGAUUCAGAAAUAUUGGAGAUGUCACCUGAAAAAUCAGAUGGAAUAGUGGAGGGCAUAGAUGUAAAUGGACCAAAAGCACAGCUGAUGUUGCGGUAUCCAGAUGGGAAAAGGGAACAGAUCACUCUUCCAGAGCAAGCUAAGCUGCUGGCUUUGGUGAAGCAUGUUCAGUCCAAAGGAUAUCCAAAUGAACGUUUUGAACUUCUCACCAACUUCCCUCGAAGGAAACUCUCUCAUCUGGACUAUGACAUUACAUUACAAGAGGCAGGCCUUUGUCCUCAAGAGACUGUCUUCGUACAGGAAAGAAAUUAACAUCAUGGUCUGACCUCUCUCAGCUUACCCCUUUUUACCCUUUUCCUGUGAGAUACCAUGUCAUUGAGUAUGCAUUUUGGCUCAUAGGACCAUAGAGCCAAAGUUGGGCAAGCAAGUCACCUGCCUUCUCUUUUAUUUCUUGCUCUGUCCUAUAAUCAGUCUUAUUCCCCCCCCCAUACCAUCUUUCCCCCUAUUUUUCUCUCCUCUCCUGUUUCCUUCUUUUUUCUACUAUUCUUUCUUUUCUUACCUAAUCUGGUGACCAAAUGGAAGUAUAAGGACAAGACCUCCUGUACUGGCAGCAAGAAAUGUAUGUUCCAAUAAGUGGUCUCUUGCAUGGCAUUUUUUCAGGAUCAAAUGCUGUUAACUCCUCAGACUCCUUUGGUAAAGGAAUGGCUAGAAUCAGAAUAAGAACAACCUCCCUUUUUUGUAGGUCCCAUUUUUAGUAGGGAGAAGUUCUCUAAAACAUUUUGUAUUGUCAUUCAUGUAAGAAAGAUCACGUACAAAAAUAUCCAAGCUUUUGUUUACAUGGAAAAAGCAUACCUUAAAAUUACUCAUCAUAUUUAAAUUUUUUUCCAAAGGAUUCCCAUCUUCUCAGCUAGAAUUAUUUCCAUGAAAUGCAUUAUUGGUAGAAUGAGUGUUAAAUGUAGGGAGCGUAACAUGGGGUGGCUUUCAGUAUCCUAGCCUGAGGCAGCUUUCUUCAUUAGUCCAUUUGUCCUCUGUAACCUGUAGUGAUCCUGCUAGUCCUGAAACGGACAGUUAGUCAGCAUAUUGUGGUGAUCGGGAUAGAAAGGUGCUUGCUGUUCCGGCCAGUACAGCAUAUUAGUUCCUUUGGCCUUUCCAUUGUUGGGUCCACAAAUGAUCUAUAGGAAGGCAGCUGUUCAAUAAUAAUGCAGUACAAUGGCUUGUAGUUGUAACCACUAUGGUUAUUGAUUGUCCUAUGUGCUUUAAGGCAUACUUACAUAUGUCCCAGGGGAGAAAGAAGAAGGUGCAGCUGAGAAUUGCUAACCAUAUUCCUUUGGUGAGAAAUACUGAUUCAUUUUUUACCCCUUGUUGGAACAGUCUCUAAAAGGCUCUGGUGACUGAAUGAGCUUAAUUCCUCAUACUGUUUUCUUGCAAAAGGCAUCAAAACUGAAAGCCUCUCCAAGGGAAGACCUUUAAAUUCAAUUCAUAAGACAACAUUUAAUAAGGCAGGUGGGGAAGAUUACCAGUAAUCUUCAGGUGAUGUGGGUUUUUUCUGCCAACAAAAGCAACAUUCAAAUCGUAGUUGGUGACAGCUUUUUUCAGUAUUAUUUAGAAAAGGCCACCUUGAAUCUAUAUAAUACUGUUUGACUUACCAGUUUCACUAUAUGCUCAGUUCUUAUUUUGAGCUUUAAGUAGAGAUCUCUGCAGGGGUUUAGUAGUGAUUCUGGUGGCAAAAUCAGAACUUUAACUUGUUAUAAAGCUGUACCAUAGAAUUUGGGAUUUAGAUGAUUCUUCUACCUGAGGAACAUAAAUUGCUAUUGCUCACAGACCUUUAGGUUCCCAUCUACUUUAAGAUCCCUCUCUUGGCGACUGGGGGACUUUUAAAAACAUGGUCAUGUGUUGCUUGUACACAGUGAGAGAAUAUGGUUUCUGAUGGUUGGAUUUUGAGGUGCCCUCCCUAUGGAAUGAGUUAUGUAUCUCCUCAAGGACAUCAUGGAAACUCUGUUUAUUCUUCAGUGAGUCCCUUUGAAUUAAUGUUCUUACAUUUUUUUCUAAGUCUGUGUAAGUGCUUAUGUAUAAGUAUAUAAUUGUAUAAAUAUUUAUAAAUAUAUUUAUAUAAUUACAAUUUCAUUUAUACCUUGAGUCAAAGUUCUCUCUUUAGAUUGGUGACUGAGAAUACCACUUUGGCAUUUUCUUCAUAGGCUCUCAAGGCAACUAGCAGCUUCUGAUUUAUUGAGGAAAGGUGGUUUUAAUGCUAAUUCCUCAGUUGUAUCUCUAAACUUGGAAAAUCUACUUGCUAUCUGAGGAAUAGAGCUAUAUACUAUCAAAGGUGCAGUAUAAGUAAAAAUAUUGUUGGUAGUAGGUAAGGUCAGAAAUCUAAAAAUUCAGGGAGGCACAGGGUAGGAACUAAGGGUAUGCCAGCUUUGGUGGUGUGAAGGCACCUGUCUCCACUCUCAGCAAAGCCACAGCUAAAGCCCAAAUCUGUCAAAAAUGUGAAGUUAAAGAAUUUUCCCUUUAGGGCUGUUUGGUUCUUCUACCUGUUAGCUUCUCUACAAAACAUAUCUACAGAACCUGAGGCAACAUGGUAAUGAUAGGAUGUAGUUCUUGACAAGCUCAGCCCUUGCAUAUCCAUUUAUGAGAAACCAAAGUGACUUUUUCAACUUGGAUUACUGUGAGAUGACCAAGUACAUAUAAAGUGAUUUAAGUAAUUAUAUCAAAGAGAAAGGGCAUGAAAUACUGAUCCAACUUAGAUACAGCUAAGGUGAUUAGAGUACAAGAUGUGCAAAGGAUUUUAUUUUGUUUUGGGGCAGGAGUGUGAUUAUCGUGGGCUUGAUAAACCUAUGGGGAAGAGAUUAUGGAUUGUACAUGGGAAGAGUAUUUAAGGAGUAUUACUUUGCUUAUGAACUUAAUCCAUUUAGGGAAUAUGCUUCCUCUAGUUUGUCUCAUUUCCUCUGCACAUUCCUUUUGUCUUUGGAGGAGAGGUUUUAUUGAAUAGAUUAAGUGAGAUUAGUAAGAUUAGUUAAAAAUAGUCAUUCCGUGAGGGUAUUGGAAACAGCUUGAAAGAGAUUUUAAAAGGUAGGGAGGAAAAGAACAUAGACCUUGAGAGUAAGUGACAAGAGACAAAUAUAGGGAGAUGAAAUGAAAAACAGUUGGAGGAAAAAGUGAUAGGAACCUCUUUUGAACUUGAUUUAGGAAUGAGCCAGAGGAAAGGAAGAACAGCCAAAUGAGAAGAAUGGGGAACUAAUUUUGAGUAACUAGCAUGUACUAGGUACUUUUAUGUGCAUUUUCUCCUUUAAUUUUCUUAAGAACUCUACAAAAUGCCUCUUUUCCCCAUUUUAUAGGUAAGAAAGAGGUUUAAGUUCAGAUAACUUAUUCAGGAUGUCAAAGCUAGUUAAGUGGCAAAUCAAAAUUGGCAUUCAGGGUCCAUGUAUUUUUUUACUCCCAUGCUAUCCUGUAGUCUCCUACAAAAAGGGAAUCAGUUUACUCAGAAGGUUAUCUUCCUGUUUGGCUCUGUGAAUUAUCAUUUGGUUUUGUUUCCUUAAAGCUUGUAGGAUUUGCACUAUGCCUGAAAAUUCUUAUUUAUGCCAUUUUUUUGAGGGGCUGAUUAUUGCUUUUUAAAAAUGAUGCAGUGAUGAAAAAUGUGAAAGGAAAAUAACUAUGUGACAUUAUCAAGCAUAAAUGGAAGGAUAAAAAAUAAUUUUUAAAAAACCAUUUUUCAGAAAAGAUAAAGGUUAUCUUUUCAGUGUCCCAUGCAUACCAGAUUAUUGAACCCUCUGUAUGUUUUUAAAUCUUCUAUAAAAUUCUACUUCAUUGACUCUGUAAGUCAACAAUUAUUUGUUGAAUCCUUUAAUCAAAAUAGGAAAUAUCUUGAAGUCUGAUAUCUAGUCCUCUGCCUUUUUUAUCCAGUUGGAGAGAUAUACUACACAUGAUAUAAUUGGAGAACAUGUAAAUGCUUGCCUUUCUGGGCCUGAACUAUAAUUACAAGAGAGUUUUAGAAAAGGGAAAGAAUAGUGUAGGCUUUAAUUAGGAAAGUCUUCACAAAAGAAUAAAACUGAAAAGUGUCAAACUCUGUAGCUCAAAUUUUCUUUUGACUCACCUGUACUCUUUAGUUCCGCCUUUUGUAACUACUAAACUUGGAGCAUGUCAUUUAUCAGUAAGGCAUCCCUAGUGCCCAACCAGGGAAGGAAUAUUGAUCCCAGGACUAAAGAUUUUAGCCAGUAGGGAUCUCUCGUGGACACUUAGGAAACUACCAGAGGGAGUCACCAGCAACUGAAAAGUAGAAGAAAAACUUAAAUUUUUCUACCCAGGUACAAAGAAAAUGUAUAGCACAUUAUAUAUGAUAUGCAGAAGGGCACUAUAUGUAGGUAUAUGUGGACUUGUAUAACAGCUCUGCUGCUAAUUAACAAAGAAUUGGACUAGAUCAGUCAUUCUCAGUCUUUUCAAGUGAAAGGACUCAUAAUUUCAAAAUUUGACAGGAGUGUGGAAUUUGGGGUUUAAAUGUUAAUGUCAUUAAUUCCAUAGAUAGGAAAAAUCUAAGUGUGCAUAUGGAAUUGGAGCCCCUAUAAAAACUCUAGGAACCCACAGAUUGCAGACACUGAAUUAGAUUAUCGCUGAAGUCCUUUCUUCAAAACUUAAUGCUUCUGGUCUCUCCCCUUCACUACAUAUUAUCUCUGGGCUAAUUUAAAGUAUACUUGUUAAUCAGUUUCUUGGCUCUUUCUGUGUAGAGGUUUCAUUUGCCCUGUAACUUGAUCUAACCUGUGAUGACUGAAAUCUCCAAAAAAGGGGAGUAUAAUAGUUGCAGAUCUAGUAAUGAUCUUUUAAAUACAAUUCAUUAAUUUAAAAAACUUAGUGCUGUGUUCCUAGUGUUGAGCAUGACUAAAAUGUAACUAAUAGCCAAUAUUUCACUAACACCAGAGUUAAAUUUUAUUUUACCUGUGUGCUUAAACAAAGCACAUUACUGUCUGAGCAGUUGUUAGGAAAUUGACUUAAGUUGUAGAAUUCACAAUUGGUUUUGGCAGAAACAACUUUUCAAGAUUAAAUUAGGCUGACUUUUAGAAGUAUUUAUUAUCCUAUAGAGUGUAUCUCCAUUUGUAUUAACCAUGUCCCCUCCUCUACCCUCUCCCUUUCUUUGGCCCUCUUUCAUUUCACUACUCAAUAGUAAGUCAUGGGUUGGAGGUUGAUGAAUAAGUAAUGUUCAUGCAAAACCAAAUGAGAGUAAGAAGAAUGGCAGUUUUCUAAUAACUAUAAACUUUGAUGAAAAGGCUGUCUAAAGAGAGCUAUGUACUCUGAAUAUUCAGCUUCAUUGAUUUGACUCACACAGCAUUUCAGUUUGUUGUCUUGCCAUUAAACUUACUAUUGCAAUAUACACAUUUUAGAACAGUAGUAAGAAGAAUGCACUGUAGUACUGAAAAUAACCAGUAGAGAAUACCAAAUCAAAUGUUGAUUUCUCCAGUUAUGUAGAAAUUUGAUUAUUUCAGUAAUGGUUAUUUUGAUCUUUGGCUCAAUCCUACUGGACAGACAACUUAGAAUCAAGAGGUUUUUUUUUAAUAGAGAUAUGAUGACUUUGAUAGUUCUCCCAUGAAGUGAACUCAUGGUUAAGUUAUUAGAUGUGGUGAUGAGACCCCUUAAUUAGAAAUCUUCUAAAACUAACUUUUCUUUUUCUUUUCUUUUUUUUGUAUCAUUAAUCUACAGUUACAUGAGUGACAUUAUGGUUACUAGACUCCCCCCAUCAUCAAGUCCCCACCACAUAGCCCAUUACAGUCACUGUCCAUCAGUGUAGUAAGAUGCUGUAGAAUCACUACUUGUCUUCUCUGUGUUGUACAGCCCUCCCCGUGCCCCCCACCCCCUACAUUAUGUCUGCUAAUUGUAAUGCCUCUUUUCCCCCCUUGUCCCUCUCUUCCCACCCAUCCUCUGCAGUCCCUUUCCCUUUGGUAACUGUUAGUCCAUUCUUGGGUUCUGUGAGUCUACUGCUGUUUUGUUCCUUGAGUUUUUUUUUCUUGUUCUUAUACUCCACAUAUGAGUGAAAUCAUUUGAUACUUGUCUUUCUCCACCUGGCUUAUUUCACUGAGCAUAAUACCCUCUAGCUCCAUCCAUGUUGUUGCAAAUGUUAGGAUUUGUUUUCUUCUUAUGGCUGAAUAAUAUUCCAUUGUGUAUAUGUACCACAUCUUUUUUAUCCGUUCAUCUACUGAUGGACACUUAGGUUGCUAAAACUAACUUUUCCAUUCUCUAUUCUUGAUUUUUGACAUCCAUUCUCUGAAAAUGUCAUGUUUAAUGAAAUUGGCUAUGUUUAAGAAAUUCCAUUUCUAAGUUGUAAUAUGUUAACAUUUUUCAUUUUUUUAUAAAUUAAUAUGUGAGGGAAGAAUUUGAGGCAAACAUUGUUCUUAGAGCUCAUUUUCUCUUGCUUAAGAAUUCUCUUAUUUCAAUGAAAACAGCUAGCUCCAUGAGAGUCCUCCUCCCCACCCCCCUUUGGCUUAUAAAAUGCUAUUGGACUGCUUAGAUUCUCAGUCAUUCUCAUAUAUAUCAUAAUUUUUGGUACUGGCCUUUCUUUGCUAUAUGAUCUCAAAGUAGGGUUGGGCAAUCCAAUGUGAACUACUAUAAUGAAACUUAAUUUAACAUUUCUGUAAAGUAUUUUCAAAAGAUAACCAGAUUUACUUUACUUGUAGGGUUAGAGAUAAAAGUACCAAUAGUAGUAUUUUGCCUAAGAACAAUCACAGAUUAAUUUUAUAAGUGUGGUAAGUUGCCUUGUUGUACUUAAUUCUGUGGCAACAAGCAGCAGGUUUUAUUGAGCUUAAUGGUGUUUCUGCUGUAGAGAUCAAAGGCCCUAAGAUUUUAUAUCUCUUGCAAGGUCGCUUGAGUUUUCAAAUAGGAAGAAUACUAAAGUUAAAUUGUACUAAACAUAGGAAAACUUUUAUUUCCAUCAAAAGAAGUUACUAACCUAACUGGGCUACCAUCAAUCUUUCACUUACUACACAUGGUAAAUAAAUACAAUGGGAAACAUUUCAAAUUCUUAGGGAAGUUCUGAACUGGGAUUGAAUUCUCACUUCCUUAAAAUCUUUUUUAUUUGCUCUUUUCAGAAGUUCAAUAUGGGCAUCUUCACUAAUAAGGGAGAGAUUCUUGUUCUGGAACCAUUCCCUACCAUUCUGCUUUUAGAAUGCUUUUAGGUCACUUGCUUUAGAGUACAUGUCACCAGGAUCUAUUUCAAGCUUAUGACAUUGGAAUUUCACUCUCAGUUGGGUAUCUUGCUGUUUUCAACAAAGUGAUUUUAUAGUACGCUUUUCUCAAAGCUUCUGUGUUCUUAAUAGUGGAAAAUAUCAAUAAAUGGUGUGAUUCAAAAUAUAAAUAGGUUUUUUACACUAAUCAUAUAACUUUUAGAUAAUUUAUUGCCCUGUAAGUUAAGCAUCACAUGGAGGUACAGUUGCUACCAGAAAAUCCCCCUUUACCUGCUAAUUAGAAUUAAAGUAGCAUGUAACCUUCACUUUUCAGUUAAUGAGUAGCAAGUUUGUAGUAGGGGCUAUUUAUCUUACCCAUUUGGGGACUUGGGCCAUGUUACUUAACUAGGAGUGUCCUUUCAGUUUGCAAAGGCUAUUUAAAACACUUGUUGGGAAACAGACAGUUAAGCUAUGAGAUAAUCCUCUAGUCUUAGAUAUAGAGAAAUGAGUACCAGUUGAUGCUAACAUGAUACUUAGACUUUGAGGGGCUUCCAUCCAAGCUUUGGAAUGAAUCUGUUAGACACAAUUUUAUUCAGUUCUUUAAAAAUCUUUCUAGAAUGGUUUUCCUUUUGAUUGUUACCUUCUAAACAUCUGUUGUCUUUUUUGUUUGUUUAACCCUUUAAGAAACAAAGUCCUUUUCAAGUAGAUAUUGAUUGUUCCAUGGAAAUUCUCAGGAGUGUCUGUAGGCUCUGUGCAUGCUUUGUAUGAGUUCAGUAUGAACUAUGCAUUUUGAAUCAUCUGAGAUGUCCGAUUCUGGCAUGUCUUCAAUAAUUGUAUUUUUUAAACAUUUUUCGUGUCAUUUUCCAAACCUCACUUCCCAUCUAUUCAGAGAGGUUAAUGAAGGAAUGAAAUUUGUUUGGGGAUAGGGAUGGGGGUGGGUUGGGGACUUGAGUGAAGUCAACUUGGGGUAUUGCUUUAAAGUGUUUCUCAAGCAGUUCCUAACAGUAUUUAGAGAUUCCCUGGGGGUGUUUUUGUACUCAACAUAUUCUGGACAAAGUGGUGGUCUUAGUGAAAUUUGCAUUCUUAGUGCAGGACAGGCUCUAAUUUGAAUCUGUAGUGUAACUGUUAUUGAAUCCAGGAAGAUAAUGGACAGAGACAGUGCCCCUGUUUAGUGUUUCUGGCAAGUGCUCCCUAGAAUGCACAUGUAGUUCUCAGUUUUCUGGGCUUUUAAUCCCAUGGUGCUAGGAGAUACUUGUUUCUGCAGCUCUUCUCAAAAAUAGGACGAAGGCUUUGGGACCAGUGAGCAAGAGGCAACUGGAUCAUCCACUAAAUUUUUUUGUUCAAGACACACUAGAGACCCUCCUGUAUAUCUAGUAAGUGAUGAUAAAGGUGCUAGGGAAAGCCAUAAAUUUGAAGACACAUGGAGGCCGUAGAAAAUCUAAGCUUGUAAGAGGAGAAAAACAUGCCAUUAGACAAAGCAGAGCUGUAACUGCUAGCUAAGACUCAAUGGAACUUCCACUUGCUCUAAAACCGGGGAAAUCUUAGAUAACUGGGUGUGAUAUAUCUAUAGAUACACAUAGUCUAUAGGUAAAUAAUUUCUAAAAUGAGGGUCUUUCAGUUGGUGAUCCUCUGGUUUUGGCUGUACCAAAUUGUGAAUAUUCUUGCUGUGUUGUACCCAGUUGCUUUAUAUUGAUACUGCAACUUGAAUUGGGUAGGGGGGGAGGGGUAAUUGGGGUGGGGGAGGGGAGGGAAGGGGAGUGGGACGAUAAGUCUUUUGAAGACAUCAGCUCACUGUGCUGAGAGAGGGACCAAACUCAAGGAAACCUCUGAUCUAUAAAUUCAACUGCUGCAUUUUUUUAUAAAUACAUGUAAAUGUCCUGUUGUAAUAUUUGAUCUUGGAAAUAAAAGCAAAAACUUUUCAGUAUA